UUCUCAGUCUACAAGCAAUCAUCGAGUUUCCGAUCCGACGCCAUGUCACAAACAACAUCAGCGACACUCCCCACUCUUUUUAUCACAGGCGCCCUUGGGUACAUUGGAGGAACGUUUUUGACAGUCUUGAAACGAUCCCAUCCGUCAAUCCUUGUGCGCGCCCUGGUCCGUGACGAAUCACAAGCAGAGACUUUGUCCAGCUUCUACGGGUGGACCGUCACACCCGUUAUCGGCCGACUAGACGACUUAAAAUAUAUUCAAGAGGAAGCUUCAAAAGCAGACAUUGUGAUCCAAGCAACUGGCGACAACAGAGAAGCUGUCAUGGCUCUGCUGAACGGUACCACUAAGAACCCGAAACAUCAGUCUGCCGACAUCAAAGAACGGCCAAUCUUUAUGCAUAUCGCAGGCGCCAGUAAUGUGGGUUAUAGUAAACUAGGCGAGAACUCUCCCCGAGUUUGGAGCGAUGUGGAUGAUUGGGAAGACAUAAAGGCCCUUGAUGAGACGCGAAUCGGUGUUCGCACCGACAACGCCAUCCGCAAAUUUUCCGCAGAAAACAAUGUUCGCGCCCUUGUUCUUUCGCCACCAACGAUUCUCGGUCGCGGCCUCGGUGCCGGAAAGACGGAAACUCAUCAGCGUACAAUGUACGACCUCAUUCUUGAGAAGGGUUCCGUGUUUUUGGGUGGUGCUGGCACGAAUGCUUGGAGUACUAUCUCGAUUGAGGAUCUCGGUCGCGCGUGCGUCUUCUUGCUAAAUGAAGCCAUGAAAGGGAAUGAUAGUCAUAUUGAGUUGGGGGAGAAUGGAUAUUAUUUCAUUGAAGCAUUUGAACUGUCGCUUGCGGAAAGGGCCAAGGCGUUUGCGGAGAGAUUGUAUAGCGAGGGGAAAAUAGCAACGUCCGAGGUGGGAUUGAAGACGAUGGAGGAGUUCCAUGAAGAUUUUGGGAAUUUCGGGGAAUUUGCGUCAUAUCUGUUUUGCAGUAGUUCGCGGGUCAAAGCAGAUAAGCUGAGGAAACUCGGGUGGAGGCCUGUGGACUAUGACUGGCUGCGCAUGGUCCAGGAAGCCCCAGGCUAUAGGAUUUAG